AGAAGGGAUAAUAUAAACUUUAAACAUAUCUGUUACAAUCGAAUACAAUACGAUUUAUAAAGUAUUUGUUAACUGCAUUUCAAUCAGUUUAUGUAACAGUUUGUAUGUUUGGUGUUAUUGUUAUCUAUGGAGAAGAUAAAGAAGAGAAAUUAACACGUAAUGACCUUUGCGACUGGAUUUUGCGUUGAGGCGAAAAUAAAAACCAAUAUCUCAGUCCCAAAACAAUACACGAACCUAACCUCAACGGUAAAAUACUGCCUCAAUGUCAGUGUUUUAAAAUAAAAACCGUUCCCCGUUUAGUGUAGCCGAAUUUCUUGGAUGUUUUCCAACGCUAAGCGAAGCCCAAUCGAAAGAGCAAUCAUGUGUGGAAGCCGUACAAUUGAUUAAAGAAACCUCGAACGCGAAACAAAACGUCGCUCCGUUGGUUGCCAGGGACUUAAAUCAGUUGCGUUUACAAUGUUGUCGAGAUGCGGGCAUUGGAAUGCAAUCAAAAGGAAAUGCACGGCCAGAAGUAUUUCGCACUCUAGAAACGUUCUAUCGUCGAGCAACGAUGGGGGCAAUGGGCUGCAGAUCGAGCACACAACACCACCAUCUUCAGCAAGGGUUGUUGUCUGUGGUGGUGGAGUUAUGGGAGCCUCCGUUGCUUACCAUCUGGCCAAGCUGGGUUGGGGCAAUGAGACUGUGCUGGUCGAGCAAAGUCGUGUUGGAGGUGGUACAACUUGGCAUUCCUCUGGGUUGAUUGGUGUGUUCAAGCCAAGUCUGUCUCAAGUCAAGUUGACUCAAUCGAGUAUAGAAAUGUACAGGGAUCUGGAGAGCAAAGGUUUGAACACUGGAUGGAAGCAGAGUGGCAGCUUAAACCUGGCCCGAACGAGGGACAGGAUGACAAUAUUCCGCCGCAUGAAAUCGCAAUCUGUGUCUUGGGAUAUUGACUGUGAACUUCUAAGUCCAGAACAGUGCAAGCAGUACUGCCCCAUGAUCAACGUUGAUGACAUAUACGGGGGCUUGUGGAUUCCCGGCGAUGGCGUCGCCGACCCAUACGAAACAUGCUUAUCAAUUAUAAGCGAAGCACAGAAAUACGGAGUUAAGGUGAUAGAAAACUGCAAGGUGAAGAAGGUCAACGAAACGAAUGGGUCUGUUUCGAGUGUGGAAACGGACCUGGGGAAGAUCGACUGCGAAUAUUUCAUUAAUUGCGCCGGAUUUUGGGCGCGCGGUGUUGGACAGUUGUCGGAGCCCUUCGUGAAAGUACCUCUGCAUGCUGUGGAACAUUACUAUCUGCACACUAAACCUAUUCCAGGCUUAGACCCGUCAACACCAGUUAUUCGAGAUCAGGAUGGGUAUAUCUAUAUUCGGGAAAAUAACGGCCGGUUUCUGGCAGGAGGAUUUGAACCAGUCGCUAAGCCGGCCUUUGAAGAUGGUAAAAUUCCAGCCAGCAGCAGGGAGAGAAACCUACCUGAAGAUUGGGAUCAUUUUCACAUAUUGCUAGAGCAACUUUUACAUAGAGUCCCUACACUUGGAGGCGCCGUUUUGGAUAGGCUUUGCAAUGGGCCGGAAGCUUUCAGUCCGGACUGCAAAUGGAUCGUUGGAGAAGCUCCAGAGAUUCGAAAAUACUUGGUAGCUGCUGGUAUGAAGACCGUUGGGGUGUCCGCAGCUGGUGGAGUUGGUUUGGCAACUGCAGAGAUCAUAGUUAACGGGGAGACGUCGUUCGAUAUGUACGAACUGGAAGUAUCCCGAUUUUUGGGGCUGCACAACAACAGAAAGUUCUUAAGGGAUCGCGUCAAGGAAGUGCCGGGCAUGCAUUACGGUCUGAUCUAUCCAUUCCACGAGUUCCACACCGGCAGAAAUCUUCGGAUGUCUCCGGUGUAUCCGAAGCUUCGGGAGGCCGGUGCGGUCUUCGGGCAGGUUAUGGGUUACGAGAGGCCAACGUGGUUCGAGCCGAAGUAUGCCGAAAGCGGAGAGAGUUACGAUUGGUCUGGAAAGGGGAACUCGAUACCGUAUCGCAUCGGUUAUACGAAUACCUUCGGUAAACCUCCGUGGUUCGAUUUCGUGGCUGAAGAAUACGCAGCUUGCAGAGAAACUGUUGGGAUCAGUGAUUAUUCAUCGUUCACCAAAAUAGAUUUAUGGUCGAAAGGAGAUGAAGUGGUUAAAGCCCUGCAAUUUGUUUGCUCCAAUGAUGUUGAUGUACCAGUUGGUAGCAUCAUUCACACUGGGAUGCAGAACAAAUACGGUGGUUAUGAAAACGAUUGUUCUCUAGCUAGAAUAUCUGAAAAUCAUUACAUGAUGAUAGCACCAACGAUCCAACAGACACGCUGCAAAGUUUGGCUCCAGAAACAUCUACCAUCGACGGUUGCAAUGUCCGAUGUGACGAGCAUGUUCACAUCUCUGUGCAUAAUGGGUCCGUUUACUCGAACUCUACUUUCCGAGCACACGGAUACUGAUCUGAGCCCGAAAAACUUCCCAUUCUUUACCUUCAAGAUGCUGGACAUCGGUUUGGCGAACGGAAUCAGAACGUUCAAUCUCACGCACACCGGAGAACUCGGUUACGUGCUGUACAUCCCGAACGAAUUCGCUUUGCACGUGUACUCCCGUUUGCUGGAGACAGGUGAAAAAUAUGGUAUGAAACAUGCUGGAUAUUACGCGACGAGAGCGCUGCGCGUGGAGAAGUUCUACGCUUUUUGGGGACAAGAUUUGGACACGAGGACGACACCUCUGGAAUGCGGGCGAGUUUGGCGUGUCAAAUUUGAUAAAGGAGUCGAUUUCAUUGGAAGAGAUGCGUUGCUGAAACAGCGCGAUGAGGGCGUUAAAAGGAUGUACGUGCAAUUACUGUUGGAAGAUCACGAUUUGGAGACUGACCUUUGGCCAUGGGGAGGUGAACCAAUUUACAGAAACGGCAAAUACGUCGGGAUGUGCACUACCACAGGAUACGGUUUCACGUUCAAGAAACAAGUGUGUCUUGGAUUCGUCGAAAACUACAAUCAGAGUGGAGAUAAGCAGAGAGUUACCAAUGAGUAUAUCAUUUCGGGCGAUUACGAAGUCGACAUCGCCGGCAUUAGAUAUAACGCUAAAGUCAAUUUACAUUCGCCAAAUUUGCCUACGAAGUUCCCAGAUGUGGAGAGGGAAGCUUACCAGGCAACGAGGGACAAGAACGAAGAAUCAUUAGUCGUUACCGCAAUCAGAUAAAAAUAUUUUCCUAUCACUUUUAUUUUCUUUUUUAUCCUCGCAUCGAAAAUUCUCUAUGAUUUAUUUAUAUAUGGAUACAUUAGGAAAGUUUAUUAUUUCUAUAAUUUUAUUUUAUAUACACUUAUCAAUUGAUAUACUACCAUCCUGUAUUGGACAAUAAUUAAUUUUUAG